AUGAAUUUUCCAUCCAAAUUUCCUAAUUUUUUUAAUAUAUGUGGACCAAACGCCAAAAAGAUUAGCUUCCUCAGUGAUGGAUCUCAAUAUCGUUGCCGAUGUUUGGAUGGUUUCAGAGGGAAUCCAUAUCACCCUCUAGGUUGUCAAGAUGUAGAUGAAUGCAAGGAAGGGCUGAAUGAUUGCGUAGAUAAGCAUAGGUGUGUUAACACACGUGGAAACUAUACCUGCAGUUGUCGUAAGAACUAUAAAGGAGAUGGAAGAAAGAGCGGAAAAGGAUGCAAUCCAAUUCAAAUCAAUAAAAGCUUCACUCAAUACAUGAUCAGAUGUACGGUAGGGCUAACAGUUUUAGUGAUUGGGUGCACAUUUUUAUGUUUGGGUUAUGCAAAGUGGAAGCUCAUUCAACAGAAGAAUAAUUUCUUCAAGAAGAAUGGAGGCUUGGUGCUUCAACAUCUUUCUCAGUCGCAAUCACAGGUGGAUACGUUCAGAAUUUUCACCCAUGAAGAGUUGAAGAAGGCAACAAACAAGUUCAAUGACAGUGCAGUGGUGGGAAAAGGUGGCUUUGGCACCGUUUACAAAGCCGUCUUAGACGACGGUUUGAUAGUCGCAAUCAAGAAAUCAAAACUACUUGACCAAUCUCAAACUGACCAAUUCAUUAACGAAGUCAUUGUUUUGUCACAAAUCAACCAUCGCAACGUCGUCAAGCUAAUAGGGUGCUGUUUGGAGACAAAAGUUCCUUUGUUGGUCUAUGAGUUCGUAACCAACGGCACUCUCUUUGAACACAUCCACAACAAAAUCGACCAUGCUCCUCUUUCCUGGGAAAUUCGACUUAAGAUAGCUUCAAAAAUUGCCAGCGUCCUCGAGUAUUUGCAUUCUUCUACUUGUAUUCCCAUCAUCCACAAAGAUAUCAAGUCUUCUAAUGUACUUUUAGACCAUGAUUACACUGCAAAACUGUCUGAUUUUGGAGCUUCGAAGCUGGUUCCACUAGAUCAUACUCAGCUAUCCACAAUGGUGCAAGGGACACUUGGAUAUUUAGACCAGUACUUGUUGACAAGUGAAUUGACGAAGAAGAGCGACGUGUACAGCUUUAGAAUUUUGGUUUUUGAGCUUAUAACGGGAAGGAAGGCAGUGCGUUUUGAUGUGCCAGAAGCCGAAAGAACUCUAGCUAAGAUAGCCCUGUGUGCGAUGAAUGAAAAUCGUUUCGAAGAAAUUGUUGAGGAGGGAUUGGCAACGGAAGCAAAUAUUGAGGAGAUAAAAGAAGUGGGAAAGCUAGCAAAAGAGUGCGUAAGAGUAAAAGGUGAUGAGCGUCCUACCAUGAAGGAGGUGGCUUUGGAGUUGGCGGAGCUGCGAAUGCUACAUGCUUAA